AUGCCCCGCCAUGAGUGUAUUACUGCCUACAACGACUUGAAGCUCUCCAAGAAGCACAAGUACAUCAUCUACAAGCUUAGCGACGAUUACAAGGAGAUUGUCGUUGAGGAGGCCUCCGCUGACAAGGACUGGGAGAACUUCCGUGAGAAGCUCGUCAAUGCUACCUCCAAGAGCCGCUCUGGUGCUGUUGGCAAGGGCCCCCGCUACGCUGUCUACGACUUCGAAUAUAGCCUCGCUUCCGGCGACGGUAUCCGCAACAAGAUCGCCUUCAUUGCCUGGUCUCCCGAUGAUGCCGGUGUUCAGGCCAAGAUGAUUUACGCUUCGUCCAAGGAGGCGCUGAAGCGUUCUUUGACUGGUCUUGCUACUGAGCUUCAGGCCAACGAUUCCGACGACAUUGAAUACGACGGCAUCAUUAAGACCGUCUCCAAGGGCCUCGCCUAA